UUAACAGUAAGAACAAUGUCAAAUUUAUGUUCUUUGAUACUCUUUAAACCAGGUUACCCAACUGAACUCCAACCACAGAAACAUGCUAUUAAUCCCACCCCUCCUUAUAACCAGGGACAAGGCAUACCAGGCCAAGGUCAAAUGCCUGUGAUGCCAGUUCCACAAAGACCUGCUGGCUGCCCACCAGGACUGGAGUACCUGACCCAGAUUGAUCAACUUCUUGUACAGCAGAAAGUUGAGCUGGCUGAAGUUAUAUUGGGCUGGGAGACCAACAAUAAGUACACAGUGAAGAACACUAUGGGGCAACAGGUGUUCUUUGUGGCUGAGGAAAACAACUGCUGUAACAGACAGUUCUGUGGACCACUGCGGUCAUUCGUCCUCCAUGUUCAGGAUAACAUGGGACAGGAAGUGAUGACACUCACUCGUCCUCUGAAGUGUGGAAGCUGCUGUUUUCCCUGUUGCCUGCAAGAGCUUGAAAUCCAGUCUCCACCAGGCAACCCGAUUGGAUAUGUGAUCCAGAAUUGGCAUCCUUUCCUUCCCAAGUAUACCAUACAGAAUGAGAAGAAAGAAGCAGUUCUGAAGAUUUCGGGGCCGUUCUGUUCAUGCAGAUGUUGCGCUGAUGUGAACUUUGAUGUUUUGUCCGUGGACGAAUCAACAAAGGUGGGCAGAAUCGCUAAACAAUGGACCGGUAUGGUGAGGGAAGCUUUCACGGAUGCAGACAAUUUUGGAAUAUCCUUUCCUAUCGAUCUGGACGUGAAGAUCAAAGCUACUCUUUUCGGAGCGUGUUUCCUCAUAGACUUCAUGUUCUUUGAACACAAUAAAUAACUUCAUUUUCUGGAUGUCAUGU